UAGAAGCGCAUCCACAUUGCAAAAAUCAACAAAAUAAUUUAAUUUUAUUAUUUUAACCAUUUGUGUAUUCAAAAAAAUUUAUAUGGAAGAUGAUUUUGAAGAAUUAGUGCUAAAGCAAGCAUGUGCAUCACAAAUGAAGUUUAUAUCGCGGCUUGCAGUCAAUACAUUUGGAUUUUUCAAUAAGCUACCAUCAAAUCUAUCAUUUUUAAGCUAUUUUAUGAAAUUUUGUAUAAAACCAGAAGUGAUCUUUUUGUUAGGAACAUUAAUUAUACUAAUAUGCUUCUAUCUACAAGCAAAUCUCCUCGAUACGAACAGUUUCUUCAACAAAAUAUCAAACACAUUAAGGUUUAAGACCAAAAAAGUACCGUUUGUAAUAUCUGCUGCUGAGAAGGAUUCUUGGGAUGUACGGCACAAGCAAAGUGCUGCAUUUGCCAUACAAGGCAGGAGGAAUAAGAUGGAAGAUAGAUUUGUGCUCGAAGAGAAUAUCAACUCGUCAACAGACGUAAGCUUAUUUGCUGUAUUUGAUGGACAUGGCGGUGAAUAUGCAGCCCAAUUCGCAAAAGAUAUUUUAAUACAGAAUUUAUACAACAAAAUUAUCGAAUCAAGAAAUCUUAUUAAGAAUCCAAAACAAGAAAGUAGCAAUGAACUAUCUAGUUUAGAUAAGGAUGAUCUCAAUUGUGGCGAAAAGCAUGCUGCCGACGAGUUGCAAGCUAAUGUACCACUACAGAGGAAAUUGAGUGCACGGAGAACAAUAUCAAAAACGGACGAUGAUAAUGCAAAUGCAAUUGAUUCAGAUAUUUUAAAUAAACUUAAGCCACAACAGAAAGGAUAUAAUAUGUUUAAUAAGCAAAAUGUACAAUCAGAACCAUCACCAGCACCAAAAUCUUAUGAAGCAAAAUGUUAUAUCAAAGGAAAAGGUAUAGACUUUGCAAAAAUGAUUACAGACGAAGUGCUCUUUGCAGAUCAUAAACUUGUUGAGACUACACGAAAGAAUUCAAAUGUAGCUGGAACGACGGCUUUAAUUGCAUUAAUUGAAGGAACAAAACUGACUGUAGCAAAUGUAGGCGAUUCACGUGGUGUUAUGUACGAUAAUAAAGGUAGAACGAUUCCACUUUCUUUCGACCAUAAGCCACAAUCAGCACGAGAACAUAAACGAAUUCAAGAGGCUGGUGGCUUUAUAGCAUUUAAAGGAGUAUGGCGUGUGUCUGGGAUUUUGGCUACUUCGAGGGCAUUAGGCGAUUUUCCAUUAAAAGAAAACAAUUUAGUGAUUGCUAAUCCAGAUAUUUUACAAUUUGAAUUGUCUGACCAUAAACCACAAUUCAUAGUAUUAGCAUCAGAUGGACUUUGGGACACAUUUACAAAUGAAGAAGCAACAGCUUUUAUCAAAGAUCAUUUAGACGAGCCGCAUUUUGGGGCAAAGAGCAUAACUCUUCAAUCAUAUAUAAGAGGCUCUGUGGAUAAUAUUUCUACGAUAGUUAUUGUAUUUAAAAAUGGAAAGUACGAAAUUGCAUCAGCAACAAAAGACUAAUCUGUUUUUUGAAGACAGUGCAAAGCUUCGGAUUUACUACUUAUUAUUAUUUUAGUUAUAGAAAAUUUGUUGACUUUUAUCUCAAAAAUUAUCAAAUUUUUAGGGACUUUUUAUAGCAAAAAAAUGAGAAAUGAAUAACCUUUUGAUACAUGUUUUAUCAGAUUCAAUAUAUAUGAAUAUCACCUGUCUAU